AUGGACAUCGCUCAAUAUACUCUUCUUCGUCAAGAGGAGUUGUUUGUCAAACUAAAUGGAGGAGUUAUUUUAUCAAAGCUUGAUCUAUCCGAAGCUUAUCUGCAGAUGGAGCUGGACGAUAAUGCAAAGGAAGUGCUCGUCAUCAACACGCUCAAGGGUCUAUCCCAGUUCCAUAGGAUGUCUUUUAGUAUAGCGUCGGCACCCACUAUUUUCAAAAGAGUAAUGGAGCAAGUGACUGCUGGGUUGGACUACGUAGCAUGCUAUUUGGACGACAUCGUCGUUACCGGCACUACGUUUGGACAUCAUCUGUCCAACCUGGAGAACGUGUUCCAGGGCCUCAGUGACUUUGGUUUCACACUAAACAAAGAAAAGUGUGCGUUUUUCGGGACCGAGGUCGAGUACUUGGGACAGAUCGUCUCGAAGGGAGGUGUUCGACCCUCACCAGAAGAAAAAUCUGCCAUACUGGAUAUGCCCGAACCAACUAACGUGCCAGAACUCCGAUGA